CUACUGAAUUUUCAUAAUAAAAACCCCUUUAUAAACUCAUUCCAUUCCACAACAUAUUGAAGCCGGAGGAACAAUAUAAACACGUCAAAACUAGAAACCACUGGCAUUACUCAGUACUCCGUAGUCAUACUACAGAACGCGCACAACUAUGAUUUUCCUAUUUAUCGCAUUAGUGUCCCUCCUAACGACAUGUAUAGAACCUCGAAACAGCUGUAUGGCAACAUCCUUGAGUAACCUCACAGACCAAGAAGCUUUGUUUUCAAUUAAGGAUUACAUAAAAGGAGAUCCAAACGGUGUGCUGAGCUCAUGGAACCAUUCCAACCAUUUUUGCCAGUGGCAAGGCGUUACAUGCAGCCGGAAACGUCAGAGAGUAAUAAUGCUGAACCUCCCAUCUCAGCAACUAGACGGCACUUUGUCUCCUUAUAUCGGAAAUCUCUCCUUUCUCAAAGGAGUCUAUCUUCAAGAAAACAAAUUUCGGGGCUCAAUACCAGAGGUAAUUGGUAAACUUUUUCGACUACAAUAUCUGAACUUGGAGAGCAAUUUCUUUCAAGGCGGGUUUCCAUUGAAUUUAAGUUACUGUUCAGAUCUUAUAAAGUUCAGUUUAAGUGAUAACAGUCUUGAAGGAAAUUUACCUACUGAAUUUAGAUCUUGGCCUAAACUUAUUGUGUUUGAAGCACAGAGGAAUCAUUUCACCGGAUCAAUCCCGCCUGCAAUCGGGAAUAUAUCAUCUCUCAUGCUCUUUGAUAUAUCAGUAAACAAUUUGACUGGGAUCAUACCUUUUGAAGUUGCUCACCUUUCGAAAUUAGUGGAGCUUCAUUUAGCAGGAAACAAUUUAUUCGGCGCAGUUCCACUGUCAGUCUACAACAUAUCAUCUCUCUCUACCAUUGUCCUAACUCAAAAUGACUUGGAAGGAUUUCUUCCUGCAGAUUUAGGCUUCACCCUUCCUAAUCUGGAAGAUUUCCUCGCUGGAGAGAACAAAUUUUCAGGGCCUAUUCCCCCAUCCAUGAGUAAUGCUUCAAACCUUGUCAAUUUUGAUAUAGCAGUUAACAAUAUUACUGGUCCUUUGCCAAUAAAUUUCGGAAGCUUGUCAAAUCUCGAAGUGCUAAACAUGGGGGAGAAUCAACUUGGACAUAAUCAAUCGCCCGAUGGCUUGAGCUUCCUUGGUUCUUUGGUCAACAGUACCCGGCUAGAAGUAUUGGGUCUACCAGAAAAUGGUCUUAGCGGGGAGCUCCCAAACUCCAUUUCCAAUCUAUCAACAACACUAGAGAGUCUGCGCUUGAACGGAAAUUACAUUUAUGGAAGCAUACCCCAAGAAAUUGGCAAACUCUGGAAUCUGACAGAACUUAUAUUGGCCGAAAACAUGUUGACAGGAACUAUUCCUGAAUCAAUAUGUAAGUUAACCAAGUUAGCGAGCCUGCUUUCAAGUGAAAACAACAUUUCAGGAACGAUUCCAGCUUGCUUGAGCAACAUUACCGAAUUGCUUACCGUCAGUUUGUCCAAUAACAAGCUCCACGGAAGUAUACCUACCACGUUAUUUAAUAUCUCUUCUAUAGAAGGGUUAUACCUCUUUAACAACCACCUCAGCGGCCUAAUACCGGAACAUAUCACCGGACUUUCUUCAAACUGUCAUGUGCUUUACUUGGAUCAAAACUUACUGACAGGGCCGCUACCAUCCAACAUUGGAAGCUUAAUCCAUCUUGUUGAACUAGGUUUUUCAGACAACAAAAUGACCGGAGAAAUACCCACGAGCCUGGGUGACUGUCUAAUGUUGGAGGAGCUAGAUAUGGAAAGAAACCUCUUCCAAGGUAGAAUUCCAUCUUCUUUUAAAGCUUUAAGAAGUCUUAAAUUGCUAGAUCUUUCGGACAAUAAUAUGUCUGGUAAUAUUCCGCAUUUUCUUGGGGAAUUUCGUUCACUUCGAUUUCUCAAUCUGUCACACAACAAAUUUGGAGGUGAAGUGCCCAAAAAUGGCGUGUUCUCAAAUGUUAGUGCUUUUUCUGUUGCCGGAAAUUUUCAGCUUUGUGGAGGCAUACAAGCACUGCAGUUGCAUACUUGUCCACCAAACACCUCAAAGAUGAAUAAAAAGAAAUUUUCAGUGAGAUUAAUACUCAUCAUAGUUCUUCUCCCUCUUGCUGCUUUGUUAGCAUGUUCUACCAUUAUUAUCAAGUUAUCAGGAAAGUCAAAGCAGAAUAAUGUCGGAACCUUAGUUUUGAAGGAGGACGAUUACCCUAGGGUUUCAUACCAAGAACUUCUACUAGCGACUACUGAAUUUUCCCCCAACAAUUUGCUCGGUGAGGGAAGAUAUGGUUCAGUGUACAAAGGAAUUCUUGAAUCAUUGAACCAGAUUGCCGCAGUGAAAGUACUAAAGAUUGAAGUACACGGAGCCAACAAGAGUUUCCUGGCAGAAUGUGAAAUGUUGAAGAACAUUCGCCACCGAAAUCUCAUUAAGAUCAUCACAGUUUGCUCCAGCACUGAUUUUAAGGGUAACGACUUCAAGGCAUUAGUUUUUGAGUUCAUGACACACGGGAGUCUAGACAAGUGGUUACAUCCAAGUGCAACUGACCAAGAGAAUGAGAAAAACUUGACUCUGUGUCAAAGACUCAAUAUUGCCAUUGAUGUUGCAUUGGCGCUGGAUUAUCUGCAUCAUCAGUGUCAUACAAAAAUUAUUCAUUGCGACAUAAAACCAAGUAAUAUUCUUCUUGACGAGGAAUUUGUUGCUCAUGUUGGUGAUUUUGGUUUGGCCAGACUUUUUUUAUCUAACUCAGGUGACACAAAUGGCGCACAGAGUAGUUCAACUGGUAUUCGAGGAACUGUGGGAUAUGUCCCCCCAGAGUAUGGAAUGGGUGGCACGAUAUCUGCAGAAGGAGACGUGUACAGCUACGGAAUUCUUUUACUAGAAAUUUUCUCAGGGAAACGACCUACAACUAGUGGCAUAGACUGUGCUACUAAUCUUCAUGAUUUUGUGAGAAAUGCUCUUCCCAACAAAGUGAUGGAUGUUGUUGAUCCCCGGAUCAUUCUACAGAAAGAGGACUGUGACUCCUUGGAAGUUUGCUUUGCUUCAAUAUUUGAAGUCGGGAUUCUAUGUUCAGUUGAAACACCAAAAAGCCGCAUUGACAUUGGUGUUGCUAUUAAGAAGCUACACAUAGCAAGAGACUGGCUUCUACGGAGCAGCAGUAAGUGUGAGUGAGAGUUGAUUACUAAGAAUAAGCAGAUCCAUCACACAAAUUUUACUGUGCUACAAGGGAGAAUCUACUGCAUGUAACUUUGUAUGUCAUCUCUUUCAAUUUCUUUGUAUUUUAAAGGUUCGAUCUCUUGCAAGUUAAUCAAAACAUGGCUUGAUAUAUGUACCACUAAGUUGCCUUGGCAUCUCGAGGUCAAUUUAUGUAUUCAUAUGUGGAUUCAUUUAUAUUCCUAAUGUUUCGAAUAAGUUUUCAAGCUAAAGAAGACUUCAAGAGAAGUAAUUUAUUUGUGACAAAUUUUGCAAAUUUUUUU